AUGCUGCAGUUGGUCUGGGGCGCCGCAAGAGCAGUGCAGCGAAUUUACCUCCGCGUUAGAUCCGAAAGGCGGAGGAAACCAGUAAAGAGGGGUGGAGAGGUCCUGCUGGGCAAGAAGGGAAUCAAGACCAAGAGCGCCAGCGAGGUCGGCAAGAAGAAGGUAGAUUACUUUCGCGGCAAGGACUUCAAGAAGUUCCUGCUGGAGAACGAGACCCUCCUCAAGAAAAAGUGCAUGGCCGCCCUCAACUCGGCGCUGGAGGGGAAGCACCCGCUGACCGACAAAGACGCCUCGCGAGGGGCCCUGAUGGCAGUUCACGCGGCAGCGGGCUUGGCCGCCGCAGGAGGUCAGCGCGCGUCGGCGCGCCUCCUGCGGGCGGCGGAGGGGCUCAUCCGCACGGCGAUCGCCGAUCUCGGCAUGCAGCCUGCCCCCCCCGCCUCGACGGACGACCCGAUGGAGUCCGACGAGUGGGCGGACGAGCUGCCGCUGCUCCGUUGGCGCGCUGCUGGCCUGGCUGGGCGCCUGGGCCUGCCCACCGAGCGGAUCCCGUCGCUCGGCCCGGUCGAGCUGCACGCCAUGGUCGGCCAUUUGGAGCAGAUGCUGGCCCAGCGCGGCGAGACGGGGUAG